AAGCUGCUCGGCGCUCCCGCUCGGCAGAGAGCGCCGGGGACGGAGCGAGCGCGCAGGAGUCCUGGCCCGUGGUCGUGCAGUCCAGGUGGCUGGAUGGCAUGCUGGACCCAAGCUCAGCUCAGCGUCCGGGCCCAAUAAGGGCUUUUCCAAGGAAGCAGCUUUCCGUCCUGGCCACACUGAGGUGCAUAGCGUGAUGUCCAUGUUGUUCUACACUCUGAUCACAGCUCUUCUGAUCGGCAUCCAGGCAGAACCACAGGCAGAGAGCGAUGUCCCAGCAGGGCACCCCGUCCCCCAAGCCCACUGGACGAACCUGCAGCAUUCCCUCGACACAGCCCUCCGCCGAGCCCGCAGCGCCCCGGCCCGGGCGAUAGCCGCCAGGGUGGCCGGGCAGACCUGCAACAUCACUGUGGACCCCAAGCUUUUUAAGAAGCGGCGACUCGCGGACACCCAGCCGCUGGACGUGGAGGCCGGCGGUGCGGCCUCCUUUAACAGGACUCACAGGAGCAAGCGCUCCGCGUCCCACCCCAUCUUCCACAGGGGCGAGUUCUCGGUGUGCGACAGCAUCAGCGUGUGGGUGGGGGACAAGACCACGGCCACGGACAUCAAGGGCAAGGAGGUGAUGGUGUUGGGAGAGGUGAACAUCAACAACAGCGUGUUCAAACAGUACUUUUUCGAGACCAAGUGCCGGGACCCCACUCCCGUGGACAGCGGGUGCCGGGGCAUUGACGCCAAGCACUGGAACUCGUACUGCACCACGACGCACACCUUCGUCAAGGCACUGACCAUGGACGACAAGCAGGCUGCCUGGCGGUUCAUCCGGAUAGACACGGCCUGCGCCUGCCUGGAGCCCUCAGCCCACCCCAGCCGGCACUGCCGCUUCCGGGAAGGAUAA